AUGGCGACUGGCUCGGGAGGAUAUGGUGGCUUAAGGGGAGGAUAUGGUGGCUUAAGGGGAGGAUAUGGUGGCUUAAGGGGAGGAUAUGGUGGCUUAAGGGGAGGAUAUGGUGGCUUAAGGGGAGGAUAUGGUGGCUUAAGGGGAGGCUAUGGUGGCUUAAGGGGAGGAUAUGGUGGCUUAAGGGGAGGAUAUGGUGGCUUAAGGGGAGGAUAUGGUGGCUUAAGGGGAGGAUAUGGUGGCUUAAGGGGAGGAUAUGGUGGCUUAAGGGGAGGAUAUGGUGGCUUAAGGGGAGGAUAUGGUGGCUUAAGGGGAGGAUAUGGUGGCUUAAGGGGAGGCUAUGGUGGCUUAAGGGGAGGAUAUGGUGGCUUAAGGUGAGGAUAUGGUGGCUUAAGGGGAGGAUAUGGUGGCUUAAGGGGAGGAUAUGGUGGCUUAAGGGGAGGAUAUGGUGGCUUAAGGGGAGGAUAUGGUGGCUUAAGGGGAGGAUAUGGUGGCUAUGGACGCUUCGGAUACUAUGUCUGA